CCGCCCGGCGACAGCUUUCGCUGACCUGCCCGCAUCGCUCACGCAGCCUGGCAGUCGAUACGCCGUAGACGGCCGGUGCCUCCGCGAGAGACGAGGAACGCCGGCAAGGCGAGGCUCCGCCGCCCGCGGGCCAACAAGUGUUCGCGCAGCCACUUGUUGCCGCCCCCGCCACAACUCUGCCCGCGCCCGCUUCAGCGGAGUCGUGCCGCAGCAGCGUGGACUCGCACGGUGGGAAGUUGUCACUGCACCUGCCGCGCAGACUAGCCCAGCUGCGGCAUCCUCAACAUCUCGAGACUCUGGCAUCGAAUUCAUUAACUCCCUGAUUUCACUUUUAGUACUGCCUAUUCUAAACUCCUUACCUCCUAGUGAUUUGUAAAGGUGUUCUCAAUAUUACCGACGUAGUAUUCAGUUCCCUGCGUACAAUUAAAUUUCUCUUCAGACGCCCAGUUUCACUGGUCAGACUCCCUGCAGUCUCCAGUACUGAAAUAUUACCUGAGAAGGAUUAAUUGUCUACUGGACAGCAACGGCUCCAAAGAAGCUGUGUCUAGACAAACUUCUACUAUCCAUUACAAUGGAAGUGAUCAAUGUGUGCUACUGUCAUUGCAGUAGAGAGGAUAGAAGGGAGGCUUAGGCCAGUGACCUUCAUCCGGUCACAGGUUUUGGACUGAUCUACUCCGGAAACGGAACUUGGCCACUAUAGCAGCAGGGUAGUUCGGAAGCGAGCAGCCUGGGUCGCAUGCUCGGCCGGGUGUCGUGGCGCUGGGUGUUGGUGGGCGCGGCAGCGGGCGCCGCCCUUGCGUUCGCGCUGCUGGUGGCAGCCCCCGGCUGGCUGUCGCCCGCGCCGCCCCCGGCCGCCUCAGCCGCCCCCCGGACCUGUCGCGCGCCCUCGCUGCGCGGCAUCGCCGCCGCCGCCGCCGCCGCCUCCGCCUCCGGCUCGGCCACCUGCCGCGCUCAGCCCCCGGCGCCGCCGCCCGCACAGCCGACGCCCCCGCCCCAGGCGCCCCCUGGUGCCGCCGCUCUGGGACACAUCGUCAUCGCUGUGCUGCUCGUCGUCUCGGCAGCCGGAGCGCUCCUCGAGGUCUUCCGUGACAGGAUCAAGGACAAGGCGGCAACAGGAGGCGAGGAGAGCGACGACGGCCGCCCGGGCAGGCGCUGCUCUCUGGCCGACCUGACGGUGAGCCGGCACGCACGCCGCGAGUCCGUCCAGCUGCACCAACAGCUGCAGCUGCAGCCGCCAGAGCCCGUCGCCGCCGCUCCUCGGCCGCCGCUGCGUCUGCCCGUUCCGUCGUCCCCUGGCAAAGCAGGCCCAGAAGCAGCCGAGUUCGAGCUUGUGAUUCUUCAGGAGUCACAGUUUCGAGGGCGCUGAAGGCUGGCAGGUCAGCGGUUCACUCGACGUUGGUGGAUAUCUGCCUACAACAGUCAUCAAGGCGACACCGCUGGACCUUCCCUCUGCUCCUUUCAAAAUACUAAUGGAGACGCCUUUACAUGGUGCCAAACGCAUGGCUGCCAAUCAUAGAAACAGGGUAAUGCUAAUUGAAUUAUUGAAACUGCG